UGGUUUCUAAAUCUUGAACUAACUGGUAUGUUUCUGGAUAUUGCGGAGAGAAGCUCUUCUCCAGUUUAUCAAAAAUUAAAAAAACACUUCGUGGGAAGAUGAAGUAACGUUUAUACAAAAAAUAUUCGAAAGUUUGGUUAUUUAUAGAAUAGCUUAUUUAGUUUGUUUAUGUUUGAAUAAUGAUAUAGGACAAAACUUAUAAAUUUCGUCAUUACUUUGAUUUGUUUUCGUUAUGAAAUCCGUAGUUUAUGAUUUUGUACACAUAUAUGACUGUUGAUAUAAGAAUAUGAAAGUGUUGUUAAUGUAAAAUUGAGAAGAGGAACGCCAUGUUGGGAUUUAGAUUCAGUUACUUAUACAAGCUCCAUUCUGAAAGUUUUAUGGGAUUGAACGUGGUGUGUUUGCCCGGUACCAAUCCGCCGGGUGCCGUGUAUCGCUCCAGCCUGCCGGCGACUCCCGUAUCCACUCCCAUCAGAGAGAACGGGAGAUUCUCCGAGGCGGCUCUGAGGGAAAGACUGUGCAGAACUCCUUCGCCGAGGAAGUGUCGGUUGUUCGAGUCCAGGGUGUCCGAACCCGACCUGGGAUUUAACGCUUUGGAUACGGCGUGGCCGCUGUCGCCGGACGACGACGACGACAAAAGUGAUAACAGCGAUUCUACGGCCACGAUUACGCAGAAUAAGGAACGGUAUUUCGUCGAGGAGGAUGUAAAGAAACCUCUGAGUCGGAGAGUGUUUGUUGGAAAUAUCAGUUAUAGGGUAACUCGAAAACAAUUAAAAGAAUAUUUUUCUCAGUUUGGAAAAGUGACAGACUGUGUCAUUGUACAAGAUCAUAUACGUAGGAGACCCAGAGGUUAUGGAUUUGUAACAUUUGCAAAAGGUGAAGAUGCAGAAAAAGUUAGAAAUUCAUCUCCAGAAUUUUUUGAAUUAGACUCAAGAAGGCUUAGGAUUUUUCCUGCAGAUGAAAAGAGAACAACAAGAUUACAAAAUGAGGCACAAAGUUUAUUUGAUCAAGAUCAGUAUGAUACCGAAGAUGAUGAUACAUCGGAAUCAACAAGCAUGAGUGGAAAUAUUGGCAGCAAAAUUGAACACAUCAAUGACUUCAAUGAUGAUGUGUUAAUUAUAAUAUUUUCCUAUUUAGAACUUAAAGAGAGAGUUAAAAUUGAAAGAGUAUGUAAAAGAUGGAAAAGUGUCUGUCUGAAAAUGUGGCAUUCUCAGCAUGAACUACAUUUUAAAAAUAUGUUUUCUAUAUUUAAAGGUUCUUUUUUAACCAAUGCUAUUCUUAGUUCACUUUUGAAGAAAUGUUCCUCUCAUUUAAAAAUUUUAGAUUUAUACUCGGCAUCUCAUGUUUUAGAUUAUCGUGCUCUGGAAAUCAUAGCUCAGUUCUGCCCUAAUUUAGAAGUUAUUAAUAUGUCUGGUGUGAAGGCUACAAAUGUUUCAAUUCAUCAAUUGGCAAAAAAAUGUCCAAAUUUAAAAAAAGUUAUUCUUCAAAAAUGUCUAGAAAUAGGAGAAAAUGGUAUCUGGUGGUUACUUCACCUAUGCAAAAGUUUAGAAUAUCUUGAUGUUACAGAAAACAUUAGAUUGACUGGACAGUGUUUUCAUAUGGCGGGAUCAAAAAUUCAAACUGUUAUUCUCAAUGGAUGUAGUAAACUUAGUCCAGUAGGAUUUAGCAAAAUUGCAACGAAAUGUUCCCAUCUUUCUUCUUUGCAUCUGAACAAUUGUUCUCAGUUAACAGAUGGUGCAUUAGAAUUGCUUUGUCAGGUAAUUUAUAUGUAUUGGAAACACCUGACAGGGUGCUCUCUGUCAUGUGAAAAAUACCUGACAGGGAGCACUCUGUCAGUGACAGCUAGUGGACUUCAUCAUAUUGGGAGAUUAUCAAAUUUAGAGGAACUGUCUUUAGCUCAUAACUAUGCAGUUGAUGAUGAUGUAGUUUAUUCCAUCUGUCAUGGAUGCCGAAAAAUUAGACAGUUAACAAACAUCCUUGUGGUUGAUGCAUUGAUGGUUCUUAGCAUUCUUGUAGAUGUGACAGCUAGUGGACUUCAUCAUAUUGGGAGAUUAUCAAAUUUAGAGGAACUGUCUUUAGCUCAUAACUAUGCAGUUGAUGAUGAUGUAGUUUAUUCCAUCUGUCAUGGAUGCCGAAAAAUUAGAUUUCUAAACCUUUCCGAAUGUUAUCAUGGGAUUACUGAUGCAUCUCUGUCUGCACUUUCCAAUUGCAAUUAUUUGAAAACCUUGUAUAUUAGUUAUUUAGAUAAGAUAACAAACGAAGGUAUAUCAGCAAUAGCUAGACAGGGACAACUUGAAACACUUCAGUGUAGGGGCUGUCCCAAUCUCGGCGAUACAGGUUUCGUGACUCUGGCCGUUUUGUGUCCCGAUCUGAAAUCGUUGGACGUCAGUGGAUGCAUUCUGGUGACCAACAUCACGGUGCAGGCCUGUUACGACAGCAUUCUGGCCAGAACCGACCACCAAACGUUAACCGUCAUUGUGGGAGAGACUUCGUCGGAUCCGGACAUUCUGAAUCUGGAUCAUCCCAAUCUGAUAGUUUCCAAGAUGAGUUAUUGCCAGUAUCAUCUGAGACCCGACAGAUUCGACUUUGUUGGUCAGGCGGCACCUGAUUCGGACGAGGAUUCAGAAAACGAAGACGAUCCCGACUUGAUUCGAGGAAUGGAGAGUGGAGGAGGAAGCUGGCAGGUGACCGAAGAGAUCUUGCAGGACUUUCUGGAGAACGACGACCCCUCCGCUUAUAACGAGUGGGAGGCCCCGUUUUAAUAUCGCUACACUAUUUAAAAGUUUAUGAUGUAAAAAAUAGUUUCAUUUCGUAUUCACAAUUCAUUCAAUUUCAUCUUUUAAAUAUAUCCCUUAGUAUCUAACACGAACGUUCUCCGGCUUUAAAAUCGUAGGAUUCACGAAGGUUUUGCUUAUAUCAGUACGAAUGAAACAUUACGUGGAAUCUCCAUCCACCAUUAUCUUUUCUGAUAGCAUGUACAACAUAGAAAAUUUGUUUCAUUGUGUUCGGUAUCUCGUGCUGAAAGAAAUCAAAAAAGAAAAGAAAGACCGGCAGGGGAGCAUAGGGCACGUGCAAUGUGGGCGAAAAAACUGUAAAAUUUGGAAAUUAUUUUUGUCGGAGUGGAUCACCUGUAAAAAUUAAUAUAUAAUUUUCCAGUUUCGAGUGCCUCAAUUUCUUUAAAUUAGAACAAACACGUACUUUAUGGUACACUUCUUUGAAAAAUGGCUUUUUUGCCACUAACGUUGAAAUUAUUUGUUUUUAUGUAAAUAAGUGGUCACCAGAGUAAAAUCGAUUUUCUAGGCAAUAAAGAUAAU